GCUCAGUUCCUCCCAUCAUCUCUGACAGAUAGAUAGCAGGAAAAGAAAGUAUCAGCACCUUCCCUCAGCUACCACUUAAGAUACACACACGCGUACACACACUGGCGACCAGACAAAAUGAUCUCGCUGCCACUGGCAUGGACACUGUGGAUAGUAUCGCUGUGGACAGCAGGUGCAAGCCAGAUCGUGGGACAAGAACCCGUCAAAGUUCUUUAUCCUAAGAUCUCCGCUUCAGAGACUAUUGAGUGUGACUGCGCUGACAUCUCCUGUGACUCUGUCUAUUGGUUCCGUAUUACUGCUAGCAACAGCGCAGUACAGUUCAUAGGCAAAUACAACAACGCUGAUCGUUCUAACUAUGGAACUGGUGUGGAAGAGUCACAGUUUAAAUUCAGCAAAAGAAGUGGUUCGUGUUUUGUGCUGCGCAUUGUCAGUGUGACACAAGAGGACACAGGGAUUUAUUCCUGUGUCCUAAAGGACAAGACCAAUAAAGAAGUGUGGAAGCCUGGGAGUCUUCUUCUGCCAGGAGUGACCCCUCCAACAUUACCUCCACCAACAAAACGCAAACCACCAGUCAAAUCACUCUGUCGCUGCCCUAAGAAGAAACCUCCACAGGGUGGUUGCGGCUCUGUGGUGUUGUGGCCAUUGGUUGGACUUGCUGCGGGCCUGGCUCUAGCUAUCAUCUGCACACUGUACUACUUCAGCCGGCUACCCAAAAAAUGCCGCCAUCACUUUGAGAAGAAGAGAAAGAGACAGAUGCCAUAAAGCACUGCAUCUACAGCUUAUAUGAGACUGAAAUGGUUGAAGUGCUUCACUUAAGUUGACGUCCAGCGGAGCAUGAAGGACAUGAUUCACCCUGAAAAUCGACAACACCAGCAGCCAUGUAAUAUAUUGUGAUAUAGUGAUUUAUUUUUGUUACAUAUUUUAGGGCAGAGCUCUACCAAGUUUUGAUUCCACCCGUGCAUUGACUUUUCAUCCUUGAUAUCAAUAUGCAGGUCACAUCAUCACACCAUCCAAGGUGUGUUUUCAAUUCAGCGGGUUUGUGAUCGGUAGCUUUGUUUCUUUGUAAUAUUUUUAUUAUUAAAAAUCAGGACAAAACACAGCAGCACUUUUGUGAUACAAAUGUGUUGUGUACCUUAACACAGAAACCUAAUCUGUUUAUUUACAUGCAAAAAAAAAAAAAAACCCAGCUGAAUAGAUAUGCAGUAUUUUGCUCACUUGCUUUUUGCUGUCUUCGG